CGGUGGUGAAGUUUCCCACGGGAAACGUGGCUACUGAGCUCGGCAGCGGGGGAGAGCCAGAUCAGGGGCUAAGUAAGCCUCAUGAAAUAGAUAAGACUUUGAGACCUACUCCUGAUCAGAAAAAUGCCCCUGGUGGUGGUGUCAUGUCAGGAUCCAGGAUGAUGGACCAAAGCUUGUCUGCUCUAGUGAAGGAGUAUUAUGAACAUUUGGAAGAAAUGCAAAAGCAGCAGCAGCUUUAUUGGGUACAAAUGAGAGAGAUGAGACAAAAACUUGAACGAGUCACUCGGGAAAAUGAAAGGCUGCAUGCAGAGUUGAAAGAGGCUUUUGAGAAGCAACUGGAUGCUCUUCCUUUCGUGUCUCUAGGAGCUGAUAUUCUUGGAGAUGAAUAUAUAGUGAAAAACCUUCAAGAACAACUAAAACUGGCAAUUCAAGCGAAGGAGCAAGCAGUAGAGCUUUGGCAGACUGUAUUACAGGAGCACGAUCAACUCCAGCAGCAGUACCAGGAAUACCUGACUGAAACAGGGGUUCACAUAAUUGAAAGUCAAAAGCAUAAAGAUCAACUGACUGGCUUUCAGCGUUUGACUCAGCAACUGCGCAUAGCCAAUGAGAAAAAAGAGUUGAGUAAUCAACAGCUUCUGCAAAUUGUAACAGAACAGAAUGCGGAACUACAGCACCUACAAAAACAACUGAGGCAAGCCAGAAUAGAUGGGCAGACAGCAAAUGCUAAGGUUGAUGAAAUGACCAGAUUGACAAACAGGCUUCAAAGCCAAUUGGAGAGAAAGGAAGAUAACAUGGUAUUUGCCCGGCAAAGAGAAGCAGCAUUUAGCAGACGCUUGUAUCAAAUGCAGACUAGGAUAAAACAACUAGAAACAAGAUUGCGUAUUACUGUCCAAGAUGCUCAACAGCAGAGAAAAGAAAGAACAGCCUGGGAGAAACAAAUCGUGGAACUUCAGAGAAAGAUUGCUAAUCUGGAAAGGGAGAAGCAUGAUGCUGUUGCAAAAGCCCAAGAUUACAUACAGGUCUUAGAAGAAGCUAACGUACAAAAAAGUCGGGCAGUCUCAGGGGAGAAACAAAAGGAAGAGGAAAUUAAAAAAAUGAAAUAUGAAAUGUCUCAACUCGCAGAAGAUAAUGCUGCAAGAAUUAGAAAGGCAGUAGACAUGGCAAAGAAGCAGUAUAAUGUGCAAAUCUCUCGACUAGAAGAAGAACUUUCAGCUCUUCAGAUGGAAUGUGGAGAAAAACAGGGUCAAAUUGAAAGAGCCAUUAGAGAAAAGAGAGCAGUGGAAGCAGAACUUGAAAAGAUUUACAGGGAAGACAGAGGACAUGAAUUUGACAACAGAAAAUUAGAGCAACUGCAUCAGAAGUACUUACUUGCAGAGACUACAAAAAGUAACCUUCAGUUCACUCUUCAGACAACACAAAAUAAACUGAAACAGGUGGAAAUGAACUUUGAGGAGGAGAAAUCCCGUUGUCAGGAAGUUAUCUCUAAUUUGCAAAGCAUCUUGGAUUCGGAAAGAGAAAAGAGCAUCUCUGUCAGUGAGCAAAGUCUAAAGCUUCAGCAAGAAAAUGAGCAGUUGCAAAAAGAAAUGGAGGACUUAAGAAAACAGGUCAGAGAGGCUCAACGAAAAGCUAAAAUAAAGAUAGGCACAAUGAAGCAUGAGUGUGCUGUGAAAGAAUAUGGAUAUGAAGCUCGACUUAAGGAAAUGGAAGACACCAGUCAGAAGUCUACUGCUGAAUUUACACGUCUGUUAUUAGCUCAGCAAAAAGCAACAAAUCAAUGGAAAGAAGAAACAAAAAAAAUUACUGAAACUACAGAAGCCAGGAUCAGUAAGCUAAAAAGAGAGCUAAGUCAACAAAAACUUCAUAGCCAGGAGCUCAUUUCUCAGCUGGAAAUUGCAAAUGAAAAGGCAGCCGAGGAUGAAAAAUUAAUGAGGGAAUAUCAAGAAUACAUCAAUAGGCUUCAAAAGCGUCUGAGCCAGACAGAACAGAGGGCAGCUUCGGCAACUCAAAAG